UGGGCGCGAAAACAGCUGUUAAAAUUGAUUUUUUUUCCUAUUCGGUCUGCCCAUAAAACAAAUGAAAAGAUUUUAAAUAAAAAUCACAAUGUUGCGUCAGGAGAACUUGGCCGCCAACUUCUGCGGUCUGCUGGCCAGCCAGGGGCACACAGAAAAGGCGAACGAAUGGAGAAUUUUAGGACAGGAGCAGGACGGCUCACUGUUGACAUCCUGGAUAUUUGACUAUUUGGACGAUGAACAGAGACGUGAGACGUGCAUUGGACAUUUCCUUGCGACUAAAAAGCAGCUGCGCCUGUUGUGGACCAUGCCCUGCUGCGAGGUCAUCCAGGCGAGCAUCAACAGCAGCGUGACGCUCCUGUCGUAUGUGGUCAAGACUGAGGGAAUGUUCUAUCAGGCGUUCGUUGUGGAAGUGCGCAGCACUGAAGUCGGCACACCCACACCACUGAACGUGGAGCCCUCGCCGCGCCAGAUAAUGACGCAAUUUCUGUGGCGUGUGGAGGGCGCACAGCGCACCUGCUGGCAGGACAAGCUGUUGGUGCUCACCCACGAAGAAUCCAUCAAGCAGUACAAUUGCAUUGUCAAGCAAAGCUCGACCCCAACGCAGCCGGAAGGCAGCGCCUGGCGUUUGGACACCAGUAUAUUGACACAGGAAACGUUGGCCAAGAACUUUAGCUGGGCUCAGUGGGAUGCAGAGUGUCAGGCCCUCUAUUAUAUACACCUCAAACCAAAGGCCAAGAGUCUCAGUUUGAUGGACGAACGGGAGGAAACGGGCGAGCAAGCAGCUCCGACGCUGAGUCCAACGCUGUCCGCUUUUCAGUUUAACGAGAAACAACCAACGGAAACGGUGCUAAAUAUACCCCUAAAUCUGCCAAAGCUGCCAACGGGCUCCAACGCGGACUCAAGCGAUUCCAUGCCCAACUAUGACGACGAUGCAGUGCCCCUGCGCGUGCACGAUAGCACGUUGAACUUAAUCAUUCUGGCGGACAGCUCGGGCAUGUUCUUUGUCUGUCAUUAUUACCUCUACCAGCCCAUGCAGACGGAGCAGCAGGAGGUGCACUUUGCCUACUCGGUGACCCUCUUGCAUCAUGGUUGUGUGGUGCACUGCGUCAUGCCUGGCGUGCCCUGGCAGAAGGCACGCUUGUUGCGGCCCACGUUUAGCCUGCACGGCCAGCAUCACUUGCUCGUUUCCUCGGCCUUCUUUGUGCACCUGCUGGAUGUAGGACUGCAGCACGAGCCCAUCUGUCACAUCGUUUGUGCGGCGCACAAUCGGGGGCCGGAUCUUACGCAGUUGGUGCCGCUGAGGAAGUGGGGCACCUUGGCCUAUGACACAGCCACACUGGAUUUGGUUUCGCUGACUGUGCCCAGAUCGCAUCUCAUUGAGGCGUUCCGAAAUGACAGCUCCCUGGACAAUCGCAUCAGCAUCAUUCAUUACUUUCUGCUGCAUUCCAAUGAUUUGGAUGUGCUCGCGGAGCUGCUGAAUACCAUUUUGGAACGUCCUCUGUCCCUCGAUACGGUGGCCCUGCUGAAGGAGGCUCUCGUGGCGGGCAGCUAUGCUGCUGCAGUGCGAGGUUUGCCCGAAGAUGCCAAGCCGCUGAUGAGACUCUUACCGCUGUCCACGGCUGUGGCUUCGCGACCCAUCCACGCCCGUGUGGCUGACAUCAAUGUGGGACUGUCGCACGAGACGCUGCACAACACGAGCAUGAUGCUGCUGUCGCCGCAGCAGCGACUGUCGCCCUAUCGCACGGAUAUUUGGACACGUCUGUGGGAUCUGCUGAACGAGUCAGCCAAGCAGGAGCAGCCGCGAUUCAGCGCGGAGCAGGUGACAGAGAAGUUGAUCUUCAGUUUGGCAUGCUAUCAGCCAGAGGCUUUGUCCCGCUCAACCACACCAAUGACGCCGGAUACGGGCACGGGCACGGGCACGGGCGGCGGUGGCUUCGGGGACUACAGCAGCAGCAGCGCCUUUCCGUUCAGCAACGAAGUGCUGCCCUUCAUAGAGCUGGAGGGUUGCACAGCCAGCAAGCAGGAGCAUGUCAUAUCUGUGUAUUUACGCGAGCUAAGCGUUCACUUGGUUAAGCAUUCAUCGAAGCCGCAGACAGGUUUUCGCUGGCUCAAGGAAACCUUCUUUGAGCGUUCGCAGGCUCCGGCUCAUGUCCAUGCUGUUGCCUCGCAGUUUGUCUCCUCACAGCUGGAGCUUUCCCGGGCACUCUGCUCUUUGGUGUGCCGCGCCACUGGCCUGGAUGCACGUCUGGAGACUUUGCGUGGCUUUCAACUGAUUGACAAAAUGCCUGGCAGUCAGCAGCAUUCGCUGUUUCUCAUACUGGAGCGUUAUUGUCUGGCCGUGGAAUCGAUUGCCUUUCCCCUGCCCGAGGGCUUCUCCUCGUUCUUCACCUAUCUGGGCUAUCGAGCCUUGGACUUUGACAUGUUCCUGCAGUAUGUGGAAAAUCACGUCUUUGAGCUGCAAGUGGAUGUCAUGAAGAGUAUUGUCUAUGAUAUCGAAGACUCGCCGCUGGGCAUCGAGAGAAAGCUUUUGCUGCUCACAGCCCUGCCCAAGCAGCGCGCACAGCGGCUGCUAAAAUGCUGGCAGCAUCCGGACAGCCUCAUGAUCCGUGGUCGAGAGCAUGCAGCCAAUAUCCUCUCGGGACAGCAGCAGGAAGCGCCGCACCAGCAGCGACCAUCUGCCUGUGCCAAUCAGUUGCGGUCCAAUGCAAGGAGCGAUCUAAGUGCCGAAACUUUGUCACCUUUGGACUCUUUUCUCGAUUUGCUGACGGCGAAGGCGAGUCUAAACGAAUUGGACUACAACUUGCUCAUCGAAACAACCCUAAGCUCCAUGGAUCAGCUGAAAAUCGAGGAAUAAAAUAUAAAGCCAAAGUAUUGUGUCAAAAUAAUCAAGUAUUCGGGUUGGAAAACCCUUUGAGUGUGUACCACGAGUAGAGUCUAAGCUGGAACCCAGCCUUGUUGCUUUUUUGUGUUUAAUUUUAUUUCAAUGGUUCCUAUUGUCAGCAUAUGUAUAAAGGCUUACAUACAUUCCAUAUUUAUGUAGUAAUGAUCUCUCUGUAGCUAAUCUAAUAGUCCAACAUUUGUACUUAAUUAUUCGUAUUCGUACCAUAAAUAUAAUGCAUAGGAUAAUGAUUAAACGCGAUCAAAACUCCAUGUGGAUCAGACGUUAAGUAAACGAGAUGCUGCCACCUACUUAAAUAAAUAAAAUAAGCUAAAAAAGGAUGGAUGGGGAGCCACGCGACACAAGUUCCACCCACUCUAGUUUUGAUCAAUUGCACACAAAAGGAAUAUUUAUCACUAAAAAUAAUG